ACGGCGCCGGAAUUAACUCUCCUUCGCUUCCUAUAUAUAGACGUCUCACUUCCACUCACCAUACCCACAUCUCAAUCUCCUCUUCUCUCUCUCAAUAGCUCCAUAAUUUUCACGUUGUUUAUACCUGAAGCUUUUAGCUUCAACCUCCUACCCACCACCACCACCUCACAAUUCUCCUUUCGAGCUAACAUGGAUUGCUUGCAGAGUUGGCCUGAACCCGUUGUCCGUGUCCAGUCUUUGUCUGAAAGCGGCAUCCGCCAAAUCCCACAGCGUUAUGUGAAGCCACCAUCUCUGAGGCCCUCGCUCAAGAAUAACAAUAUUUUUACUGCUCAAACCGAGGUUAACAUUCCGGUUAUUGAUUUCCAGAACGUUUUCUCCGAUGAUCAAACUCUCCGUUUAGAUACCCUGAAGAGUAUUUCCCUCGCUUGUCGCAACUGGGGUUUCUUUCAAAUAGUGAACCACGGUGUUAGACCUCAGCUUCUGAAGAGCAUGCGAGAGGUCUGGCGAGAGUUUUUUAACCAGCCGCUGGAAAUGAAGCAGGAGUACGCAAAUUCUCCAGCUACUUAUGAGGGAUACGGGAGCCGUUUGGGAGUUGAGAAAGGGGCAAAACUUGAUUGGAGCGAUUACUUUUUUCUUCAUUAUAUGCCAGUUUCGCUGAGAAAUCAGAGCAAGUGGCCUGCAGUGCCAGCUUCUUGCAGGGAAUUGGUAGCUGAAUAUGGCUCCGAGGUGGUUAGCCUUGGUGGAAAACUCAUGAGGGUAUUUUCUAAGAACCUUGGCCUGGAAGAAGACCACCUUAUAAAAGCUUUUGGUGGAGAUGACAACGUUGGUGCUUGUUUGAGGGUGAAUUUCUACCCCAAGUGUCCUCAGCCAGACCUUACACUUGGUCUCUCAUCACACUCCGACCCAGGUGGCAUGACCAUUCUUCUGCCAGACGAAAAUGUCGCCGGACUCCAAGUCCGUCGGGGGGACUGUUGGCUUACCGUUAAACCAAUCCCAAAUGCCUUCAUUAUCAACAUAGGAGAUCAAAUUCAGGUGCUGAGCAAUGCUAUUUACAAGAGCGUAGAGCAUCGUGUGAUUGUGAACUCUGAUAAAGAUCGAGUGUCCCUUGCUUUCUUCUAUAACCCUAAGAGUGAUCUGCUGAUUGAACCUACGAAGGAGCUGGUGACAGAGGACCAGCCAGCUCUCUAUCAACCAAUGACAUUUGAUGAGUAUAGACUUUACAUUAGGACAAAGGGUCCAUGUGGGAAGCAACAAGUGGAAUCCUUGAAGCGCUCUUGAUCAUAUCUACGUGGGAUCGGUUUGAAGACUUAAUUAGAAAAGGCAAAAAAAAACUCUCUAUCUUUUUUUUUCUAUAUAUAUAUAUGUAUGUAUGUACACUACAACUCGUGUUAGUGGAUCGAAUGUCAUGAUGAUGAUGAUGAUUUAUGAUCAAAUUUAAUGAAUAUGAUGGUGAUCAUUGCUUUUCAAA